UUUUGCAGCCACCUUACAGGGUAGAAAGGUUUAACGUCAUUUGAAAGACGGCAACUCCGACAAUGCAGCACUCUCAGGACAGCACGUAAUGAGCUACUAGCAAGUAUCCGAUCAAUAGCUCCAGUACACGGGCUCACGUGUUUUGAUGAGCUUCACGCAGCCAACAUGGACAGAAGGAAGAGUGAGUGCUUGGUACCUGCCAGUGACACAGAGAAAAGAAGGUCCAUCUCAAACAAAGCAAGAACCACCAGCCUUCCUGCAACAAACAAAGUGGCAAUGGAGCUCGGAGCAGUGAAAGGAGAUGCCUCGCUGGGGAGUAUUUUAAGUGAGGCACACCCUCCUUCAUUCAGCUUCAGUGGGAUUCUGAUUGCCAGGAGACUGACAAAGAAUUUGAAGGAAAGGACAGCUUUGAAACUCGCUGCGAGGAAACCAACAGUCACCAAAAUUAUAAAUGAACAGGUUCCACCGUUUUCCUCGCAGCCCCCUCAAAAGUUCUGCACCUUCCGCGUUCGGGGGUUCCUGGAGGAAUAUUUGCCCAGCAAGCUGCAAGGCAUCAGUUACAGCCCUGCCCUCGCCAGCCGACUUGCAAAAGAGAUGAGCGAUGAAAUUAAGGAGUUUUCGAAGGGGACUCUGCCGCCCAGAUACAAGCUGGUGUGCAUUGUGACCCUAGGCGAGAAGAACAAUGAGAAUGUUCUGCUGACCAGCCGUGCUCUCUGGGACUGCUACGCAGACACCUUUGUUUCGCACUGUUAUGAGAGCGCUGCCAUGUUUGGUGUGGCCAGCAUCUUUGCCUUGUACUGCGAAUGAGCAGCUCUUGAGCUAAAAGUGUUAAAUUACGCGGAUUGAUUUUUGUUAAGCAAGGGUAUUAAGGGUUAUGGAGCCAAGGCAGGUCAAUGGAGCUGAGAUCCUGAUCAGCCAUGAUCUAACUAAAUGCUAGAGCAGGCUUGAGGGGCUAAAUGGCCUCCUCUUGUUCCUCCCCUGUUUUCUGAAUGUCUGCUCGUCAAAUGAAGAAGUGAAAGUGUUCUGACGAUAGCGCUGAACCACAGGCUGGGUUGGGUUGUGGGGUCGUAGAUGGAAGCUGGAGCUGGAAGAGAGCUGAGAGCUUUCUGCUUCUGAUUGUGACCUAUCCCCCAUCUCAUUGCAGGAUUUCUCUCUCAAUGGCUCAGUAUACCCAGUCAAUGAUUUUCCCAGAGCCAACUGUAAGGCCAUCAGCCUGCCAGGAUGACAGGAGCAUGAACAGGAGGAUGCCAUUUAGGCACACACCACCCCAAACACCAUCCCACAUCCCCCCCCUCCCUCCAAGCCUAUUUCCCCCAUUCAGUGAGAUCAUGGCUGAUCUGUGGCCUAACUGUACUUUGCCCCACAUCCCUUCACACCUUUAAUUAACAAAAAUCUAUCAAUCUCAGUUUUAAAAAUAACAACCGAUUAAACAUCAAUUUCAGCUUGGCGACUAGGGUUUCAAAUUUCUACCACCCUGUGAAGAAUGUUUCCAAAUUUCACUCCUGAAAGCUUUGGCUCUAAUUUUACACUAUGCCACCUAGUCCUGGACCCCCCCCAAAGAGUCGGGGGAUAGUUUUUCUCUAUCGACCCUCCCUGUUCCCCCAAAGAUCUUGAAAACUCAAAUCACCCCUCAACAUGGCAGAGAAUACAAACCUAUUUUGUGCAAGCUCUCCUCGUGGUUUAACCUUUGGAGUCCAGCUAUCAUUCUAGUAAAUCUACACAGCAUGCCCUGAAAGGUCAAAAUAUCCUUCCUAAGGUGUGGAGCCCAGAACUGCUCUCAGUACUCGGGUCUGGUCUAACCAGGGUUUGUGUAGCUGAAGCAUGACCUCUACCCCCUUGUAUUCCAGUCCUCUCAAUAUAAAGGCCAGCAUCCCAUUCACCUUUUUGAUUAUUUUCUGUACCUGAUCAACAAAUUUUAAUGAUCUGUGUACCUCAAAUCUCUUUGGACCUCCACUAUGUCCAGCUUUUCACCAUUUACCCUGUCCUAUCCUUUUAUAGAUCCGAAGUGGAUGCCCUCACAUUUGCCUACACUGAAAUCCAUUUGCUACAUCUUUAACACAUUCAGUUAAUUUAUUGUCCUGGAAUGAAGACUGGAGACUUGCAACAAACAACCUGGGGAGUAAAAUCACAGGGGAACAUUCAAAACCAAAAGUCUGUAUUUGUUUCAUUUUUCUUUGAACACGUUCAUGAGUUAUCAGAGAUGGGGAAAUAACAUCUUGUUGGGCUGGGCUGGCAGGUUGGAGGUGGGUGGUUAAAUAAUGAAACCUCCAGGAAUACGUCCAUCAAGAGUUGGCAACCUAAACGGAGGGCAAUCACAUUGUGUAAUGGCUCAUCUUAGACAGACAGUUACAAGAGAGGAAACUGGCUAGUGUGGCAAGCUGUAGGUAGUCUAGACAAAAUAGAGUUGAUGUAUUUGAUGUCAUUUUCUUCCUGUUCAUUUUGCUCAGUUGUUCCUGCCUUAA